CGUGGUGGGAGGAGGGUAAGCGCGAGGGGUGAGAGGCAACCGUUCACGUCUUUUCGACGUCGACGCAACCCCGUUGGCGCAGAAUAGCUGCUCAGUGCUCGUCGAACGGCGCUGUGUUGCGACGGGACCAUGCCGCCGCGCCCUGCAGCACCGAUCAACCGAUCUCAGACGAUAUAGUCUACGAUAGAAAUUGACGAACCGCUGUGGCUCGACGAGCCAACCGAUCGAAGGGCUGAUUACCGGAAACUGACGACCAAAAAUGUGACGCGCGGCGUGCAUACGACGGCCGAGCCUCGAACAGAGAAGACCGGACGACUAUUGGCAGCCUGACGUUGGAUCGACGGGAGCAGGCUCGACAACAUGAAUUCGAGCGGAGAAUCAGGCGGCACGAUGACCGAAGACUACGAGGUAACAGGCUGCGGCCUGCCGGAAGAGGAAACAGGAUCAAACUUGCCAGUUUGGGAAGCCGCAGCCGCCUCUUUGGCGCUAGGCUUCCUCGUUCUCACCACGGUGCUCGGCAACGCGUUGGUGAUCCUCAGUGUGUUCACCUACAGACCUCUGCGAAUCGUUCAGAACUUCUUCAUCGUCUCGCUGGCGGUCGCCGAUCUCGCGGUCGCCAUCUUAGUGAUGCCUUUCAACGUCGCCUAUCUUCUUCUGGGCAAGUGGAUCUUCGGUAUACACCUUUGUAAAUUGUGGUUAACCUGCGACGUGCUCUGUUGCACCGCGAGCAUACUGAAUCUGUGCGCGAUCGCGCUCGAUCGUUACUGGGCGAUCACCGAUCCUAUCAAUUACGCGCAGAAACGAACGCUGAAGAGGGUUCUAGCGACGAUAGCGGGCGUGUGGAUAUUGUCCGGUGCGAUCAGUUCGCCGCCUUUGGCUGGUUGGAACGACUGGCCGGAAGAAUUGGAGCCAGGGACACCCUGUCAGUUAACCAGAAGACAGGGCUACGUGAUUUACUCGUCGUUAGGCUCGUUCUUUAUUCCUCUGUUGUUGAUGAGCCUGGUGUAUCUCGAGAUCUUCUUAGCGACGAGAAGAAGACUGAGAGAACGAGCCAGGCAAAGUAGAAUAAACGCUGUGCAAUCGACCAGACAUCGCGAGGUAGACGACGCGGAAGAGUCUGUCAGUUCGGAAACUAACCAUAACGAAAGAUCGACGCCUCGAUCGCACGCCAAACCAUCGUUGAUCGACGACGAACCGACCGAGGUAACGAUAGGAGGUGGCGGCACCGUGACCACGUCCUCCUCCAGGAGGACGACCAGUGGCCGAGCACCGGCGACAACCACCACCGUGUAUCAAUUCAUCGAGGAACGACAAAGAAUCUCGUUGUCGAAGGAGAGACGAGCCGCGAGGACGCUGGGCGUGAUCAUGGGCGUUUUCGUCGUCUGCUGGCUACCGUUCUUCCUCAUGUACGUGAUCGUACCGUUCUGUCCGGCUUGUUGUCCAUCGGACCGGAUGGUCUACUUCAUCACGUGGCUCGGUUACGUGAACAGCGCGCUGAAUCCGCUCAUCUACACGAUCUUCAAUCUUGACUAUAGAAGAGCGUUCAGAAGGCUGCUGCGCAUUCGUUGAACCACGAGCCGGCUGCUUAGUUCUAUUCCGAGACUGUGACAGACAUUGUUGUUCGUUCUUGUUGCCGUUACGCUCGUCGAGUGCACCGCGAACGACAGCGAAACUUCGACCCGCUUGAGAUUGGUCGUCGAGCAAGACGACCACAACCACGCGACCAUCGCAGUUCCACUGCUGUUUUUGCGGACCGAGAUCGAGGACGACGAAGGCGGAUGCGCUGGUCGAUCAGCCACGCUACCACGAUCGUCGUUUCGCGCUUCGUUUCGCGCUUCGUUUCGCGUCACGAAACGGCAUAUGACUUCGCGGUUCCGCGAUGCGACGAGGUCAUGGAAGAGUUUGAAGGAAAACGUGUUUCGCGUUUGCUGGGUGAAAAUCUAUCGGUACAUAGCGCGGACGACGAUGUAUCGCGACGGCCGUGCGCAAUUUACAGACGUUGGACGAAUUUUCGGUGGCACGAACGUCGAUUUUACCGGGACGAGAUAACGAGAGCGAAGCAAACUGCGAGUUCCAAUCGCGCGGCAUAGAUCAAGCGACCAAACGGCGAGCACGAUAGUCUAAUUUACCGGCGAUAUUCUCGCAAAAGGUCGUUUCGUUAAAGUUGUUCCAUUAAUUCUGCAAAGCGAGCGAGGGAACAAGGCGCGCGGAUAAGGAAUCUUAAGGAAAUGAAAUCUCCAAGCUGAAUCGUGCCGCGAUCGUUCCUUCCUUUCGUCGAGCGUCGUUACUUGGUCGUUGCUUUAAGUCGUAGAACAAACUCGCAGUGGACCUUCGUUUCGCGAACAAUCACAGCAGGAGAAGGUACAGAUCGACGAAUUCGAUCCGUUUAACGCUCGUUCGAUCGGUCGGUCGGGCUCGUCCAAACAGGUAGUCGAUUCGGUCCGAUGCAUUGAAUAGGCAACGUUUUCAAGUAGUACGAGUCGCGUAGAGAUUCGACUGCGGCGUCGAGUCGAUCGUUCCAUUUUCUAUCGAGCCUCGUAAAAUAUCGCUCCCCAGGGAACAGAAGAAUUUCAAGAUGCCCGUUGAAUCGAUGGUAAUACGAGCCUUUCGAAUUUCCUCUUCGCGCAGCUUUCCAGCUUUUUUCUCGCGAUACUCGCGGAUAAAGAGUUGAGAUUCGUCUCGUAUACGUUCUCGCCUCUUCUUUUCUCCAGUUCGAUCGAGUUCUAAAAUAAUACGCGAGAGACGGUGGAAACGAUGGAUUGGGCGACGACGCGUUCAUGAGAACCGAAACACGGCCACGGUGCGUUCUUCUCGUUUGCCGAUCUCAAAGAGAUUCGCGUUUACGAAUAGGAAUUUUCUACGAAAUCGACCAAGACUCCGGUUAAGACGUUUAGAAGAUAGAAUAUACGUUUCCUAGGGUGGUAUACGCGCUCGUAAUGUAACUCACUUACCGAAUGAGAUCGUGCACAAGGCGGAUACAACCCGUUCGAGAUUCUCUGGCGCUCUUUUAAUAGCCAAAAGCGAGCGGGGAUUAAUUCGCGGAACAAUAGACACGGUUACCUUCCUCUUGGCCGAUGAUCGUUCUCUUAAACAGCCCUCGUAAAAAGAACGUUUUGUUUAAAGUCAGCUGCUUCGCUUCGUCCGCGUUCGACCUUGCAUUCUUCAAAGAAUCUUCCGGACAAAGUGUCGCCGAGACUUCUAAAUUCAUGAUCGGACAACCAGUUGGAAAUAUCUCGAGAUUCGACGGUUGUAACGAAAUCGAGGUUGGAUUUUUUUUUUAUUUUUUAAACUACGUCUUUAAUCAGAUAAGCAAUUUCAAGCUAUCAAGCGCAGGCAAUUCUUUGUAUCGGUGAUGGUUUGCUAUUAAUUUUGAAAGGAAGCGUUCGAAAUCGUCGAACGGGUUAAUUUUUGUACCGAUAGAAAAAUCUCGCACAUAUAUCCGCAGAAUCGAGAACGGGGUAUGUGAUGGACGAGUGGAGCUCGUUAGCCGGGUCGUUGUAACGAGAUCAACGUGGUUGAUUGUUGUCGAUUUUUCUUGGAGCGUGGUCGAGGUUUCGAGGAAAAACUUUCACCGGAGCAUCGAUCCUCCCGGGAGGAGAAAAAGCGAAGAGUUUGGUAUUUUCUUGGCAACGAUAACGAGCGAGAGAUGUCGCGCAUUCUUAAAUGCGCCGUAGACGUUACUCACUCCGUUCGUUAUUAAUCGCAAGUGUUAUGGUCGUGAAUAUCGAUAACGAAGAAUCCGAGUGCCAGAAGAAAAAGGUUAGCGUUAAAAGAGAAGAAGGAAAAAGGUGAAAAAAGCGCGCUAAGGAAAGAAAGGGAACGCGUCCCGUCGGUUCGCUAUCGACGAGGACGUCGACGAUUCGACGCGAAGUUACGUUCGUAACACAUAUAGACACACCAAAGGAAGCAAUUACGCGACGCUAGUAAGAGAAUGUUGCGACUGUCUGCGUGUGUCCGUGCAUAAAAAUUAUAUGUAAGUCGCCUGCACUCUUCUUUCCGCGAGCAGCGAUAGCGAGCGCACGAAUCGUGCACGAAACGGAAGCGCUCGUACGCUCGAAGAAAAUCGAAAAAGUUGCCUCUUCGUGCCUCAACGUUCGCCGGUCCUUUAAUUAAGUAAAAGCUCUGACGUUCGUCGAGCGUGAAAAAGAAAGCCCUCGUAUACUCGAUACAUAUCGAUGGUUCGGACAGUGAAUAACGAUAUACGCGAUCGUUGACCGAGCACAGCGAUUCGUGGUAUAAUAAUAUAAUGGCGCGCGCGAAUCAGUUCGUUAAUAGGACACGGGGAACAACGCGCGCCGCUGAUGAAACACGGCAUAACGUAUCGUCGUAUCGGCGAAUGAUUGAAGCGCGAGGAGUUAAAUUAAAACGAGUCGUUACCGAUCAACGAGGGAACAGGUGACACGUUUGCCGUCCCCUCGAGUGUCGCGCCAAAUCGAAUAAAGUAACACGAAAGUUAAAAAGGUAUAGAAUGGAGGAAAAAAAGAUACAAAAAAAAAAAAGAAAAAAGAGAAGAGAGAAAAA